CCCCGGGCCGGCCUGUGCGUCCGUGGGUCCGUCCGGCGGCCUGUCGGAUAGCUGGCCGGCGCUGGCAGGCGCGCGGUCGGGCCGGCCGGGGCGGAGAUCAAUGCGGCUUUGUCGGGGCCGCCCACACCCCGAAGAGGCGGCUCGCGGCGGCGGGCCGGGCGGGCCGAGAUAAGCGGCCAUGUGACCCUACCUGGGCCGGGCGGCGGGGGAGGGGCGCGCAGGUGAGGCGGCGGCCGCCGGGCCCUGCACGCGCACACGGCGGCCCGCGGGCUCAGCGGCAUGGCUGUCAGCAGGAAGGACUGGUCCGCGCUGUCCAGCCUGGCCAGGCAGUGGACUCUAGAAGAUGAGGAGGAGCAGGAGCGAGAGCGCCGGCGGCGACACCGCAAUCUGAGCUCGGCCACGGACGAGGAAGCUCCCAAGCUCGCCCAGAAUGGACACACACCGGCUGCCCAGAGAUUGCCCAGCAUGGAGGAAGCCGAGGUGCCCAAGCCGCAGACCUCAGCCUCUAAAGAUGAGGACAGCCAGGCCACCCUCAGGACACGGCAGGAGCGGAGGCAGAGGCGACAGGCAGUGGAGGCUGCACAGGCCCCUGUCCAGCAGGAGGCAGAGGAGGGAAGGGACAGCUCUGACCCAGGGCAGGGCAAGCCGCAGCCCCUCAUGCCCAAGAAGGAGGCAGAGCUGCCUCCUCGCCGGAGACUGAGCCGGGAGCAGCGGGGCCCUUGGGCCAGGGAGGAGGAGAGCUUGGUGGGCCAAGAGGCAGAAGGCGGGAAGAAGGGGGUCUCAGAGAAGCCCCCUAUCUCAGAGAAGUCCUCCAUCCCAGAGAAGACACUAGCCCCUGGAAAGAGACUGGUCUCAGAGGAGUUCUCCAUCUCGGAGAAGGCCCCGGGACCUGAGAAAACUUCUGUGUCAGAGAAAAGAGCCAUCUCAGAGAAGAAGGCCAUUCUAGAAAAAACAAGUGGCUCUGAGAAGUUGCCAGCCCCAGGGAAGACAUCAGACUCAGAAAGGAGACUGGUUUCUGAGAAAGCAUUGCUCUUUGAGAAGUCUCUGGUGUCCGAGAAGACCUCAGCGGCAGAGACAAAGCUGGCUCCAAAGAGGCUGGCAGCCUUGGGACAGCCCCAGGCAGGGGGGCGGCUGGCUUCUGGGGGAGGCCAGCCCACCACCACAGAGCAGAGGGGAAGUGCCCUCUCUGAGAAGAGCCCCCCGUCCUUGGCGGAGCUGGGAGAACAGGGCGUGCCAGACUCUCCGACUGUGACUUCCCGCCUCCCGCCCAUCACACUCCAGGUGAAAGUCCCCAGCAAGGAGGAAGAGGUGGACACACCCUCACCCACUCAGGCCACCUACAGCAGCUCCCUCAAACGCUCCAGCCCCAGGACCAUCUCCUUUCGGAUGAACUCCAGGAAAGACAACUCAGAAACAACCUUAACACGCAGCGCCAGCGUGAGGCUCCCGGCCAGCACAGUCAAGUUAGGCGAGAAGUUGGAGAGAUACCACACCGCUGUUCAGAGGUCGGAAUCGGUCAAGUCUCCAGGCUCCUCCCGCACCGAGUUCUUUGUGGCUCCCGUGGGCGUAGCCAGCAAGCGCCAGCUCUUCGAGAAGGAGCUGGUGGGCCAGAGCCGAGCAGACCCAGCCUCCAGCCGGAAGGAGAACAUGAGGCUCUCAGGGGCUGUGACAUCAAGGCUCAACCUGUGGAUCAGCAGGACCCAGGAAUCUGGAGAUCAGAACCCCCAGGAGGUGCGGAAACAGCCGGCAGCCACCAGGAGGACCCAGUUGGGAAAGAAAGCAGAUUCCUUCCUGGAGGCAGAGGUGUGACGAGCCCUCUGCCGGGACAGACCCGCAAGGUCUGCAUCAUCUCAGGGGCCCUCCCUCAGGCCGGGCCCUGUCUCCAGCAGCAUUCCUGUCUCUCAUUGCCCCUGCCCCCUUUCUGGCUCUGGACCUGGGGCCGGGAGUG